AUGUGCUCACUCAAUUUUAGAAUGGCUGUAACCCACGUCAUUUUUGAUUUCGACGGUCUUCUUGUGGACACUGAAGCCUGCUAUACCAAAGCGAACGAAGCAAUAUUGGAGAAAUAUGGACGCAAGUUCACACAGGAACUGAACUCAAGUUUGUUUUUAGCGCAUACUUUAGAUGAUUACCUUGCUAUGAAAGUUAAUUUGGCCGAUAAAAUUACACUAUCAGAGUAUUUGACCCAAUACGACACGAUUUUGGCAGAAAUGUUCUUGAAAUGCAAGGCAAUGCCAGGUGCUGAACGACUGGUUCGUCAUUUUCACAAGAAAGGUAUUCCACAAGCAAUUUGUUCGGGAUCCAGGGGUUCAACAUUUGGUCCAAGGCGCGAACCACAUAAGGAGUGGUUAGAUCUUAUACCGCUUAAGGUGUUCUGUGGAGACGAACCUGACAUCAAGAGGGGAAAGCCGUAUCCGGACCCAUAUUUGGCCGCUAUGAACAAGCGAGUUGUUAACUACGUAUAUUUAUUUCCUGCGAUGCCUAGCGAUCCUUCAAAAGUGCUUGUGUUCGAGGAUUCGCCGAAUGGAGGGCGAUCGGCGAAAGCUGCCGGCAUGAAAUGUGUCAUGGUACCGAACGAAAAAUUUCGCAAAGAAGCACUCGAAAUCGGUGUAACCCAAGUGCUCGACAGUCUCCUUGAGUUUCGCCCUGAAGAAUAUGGACUUCCUCCUUUUGAUUAA